CAUUUUCAAUUUUUUUGUAUUGUAGCUUAUUUUUAUAAUGAAGUGAAAUAUGUAUGUAAAUGGGAUAAUGUUUCUUCACGAUGCUUACAUCUUUUAUUAUAUCAUCUAAAUGCAGCCGAGCAAUUUAAUGAGUUAUCAUCUCUUUUAUGUACCAUUGAAUUUCUAAAAACUGCUAUUAAAGCUGGCAUUAGUUUAGAAAUUCUUGAUUAUUAUGAAAUGCUAAAAAGCAACAAGUUAACAAAAAACGUUUAUUUGGAAAAACUUGAAGAUUUUCAUUCUUUUUAUUCACAAAAUUUACAUAUUUUACAAAGGUAUCCUGGUUUAAUAUAUCAGCAAGCACUGAAUGAACAAAUAACUUCAUCAGUAUUUAAAGAAGCUGCUGGAUACACUCAUUCUAAUGUGAUAAGAUGGCUAACAAAACCUAAAAUACCAACAGCAUGUUAUUUAACAUUAUCAAACUUAAAACAGGCUGUGAUAUCCAUUGCUGUUUCAAAAGAUGGAAGAAAAGCAGCAUUUGGUAAAAAUGAUGGCAUAGUUCAACUUGUUAAUUCUUUGUCAGGAAAGGUAAUUAUGAUUAUAUCACUUUUAAAAAUUUUUUUAAAUUCUAUUUCUGUUAUUAUACAGCUUCAUCCAUGUGUU